AUCUAUACGUCUCGAAAUUCAAAUUAAUUCUCCAACCUUAUCAACCUUUGGUGCAAUAUACGCCAUUUUAGCGACGACACAUUUUUUUACCAGUGCUUCUGUCUCGUUCUAUGCAAAAUUACGCUAUCUGGGAUCAACAUAAAUAAUUAAUUAUCGUUCUUAAUCAUAAAUACUGAAGUACUGAAGAUUCGGUUCUAGUUUGCAUUCAAGCGCCAGCAUAUCACAUUAAACGCCGGAAAUAUAUUAGUACAAUUUCCGAUUAACAAUUAGCAGUUGUGGUUUUACAAUUCGUGAUAACAUUGAAAUUGCCUCAGCUGACAGAUAACGUCAUUCAACGUUAUUUAGUUGAACAUGGGAUGCUAAUGUGGGUCACGUUUGGCCACGUCGCGGGCUGUGCAUGUUUUUAUUAAAUUUAAUAGAUCGGCUUGGAAGCUUAAAAGUAAACAGUGCGAAAGCUCAGAUGCGUUGGGGUUGGUUUAAUCCAUUUAAGACGUCGCCGCGGAAUUGAGCGCUCCUAGGUCAACGCGACUGAACCCUUGUUUCGCAAGAACUAGUAACACUAAACGCGUAAUACGAGACGAGACUUUUAUGAGAUUAAGUUCCAGUUCUUACAAGAUAAGUGCGAGCGUUUAGUGCCAAUUUAAUCAGCAUCGCACGGCUCGCAAUUUCACAUUCUCAAUUUCACGUUUCGCGAAUUUCGUCGGUUACAACUCAAUCGAGGCCGACGGAUACUGCUGCGAAUAAAAAAGAGAACGCAUUAUUUUAUUAUUACGGUUAUUAUUAUUAUAUCGCAGUGUGUAUAAAAUUGCAUAUUAUGAUCGCGACAAUUCCUGCAAUAUUAUCAGGAAUAUCGCGAGUGACGUUGCCCAGCGGUAAGUAGUAGCUAACCGGAGCUGCCGCGAGGAAGCGCGACGGAAGUGCAGAUGAUACGAAGUUGAUCCGAGAAGGAAAACGCUUACGCGUGCAGAACCGUAUCCGUCCAAACAGACGUCGUUGAGCAAACUGCGCGGCGGAUCUGUCGAUACAGUUGCGCCGAUAAUGGUGAUUGCCAUUGUCGUUCGGUAGAAUAAUAACGCGUCUCGUAGCACAGCUCUGAAUACUGUCGAAGGUGGGUCGUCAAGCUCGACCGACUCGUUCAAAGUGCGCUUCGUGUCAUCCGCGGCGUCGAGAAGUCGAUGAUUCGCCGGUCCCCGCAGGCUCGAUCAUUCGGAGCACGCGAACAGCUUGCGAUAUAAACGUCACGCCGCGUGUGGGCUGAUAUCGGGGAAGCAAGAUCAUUUUGGAAACUGAUGGGGACGGUGUUUGGCGUCGGAAGAUAAGAGCGGUUAUAACGAGAGAGCAGUAACCGCUCGAAAGUCUAUAUUAUCUCGAGAUAAUGAGGUACGCGUCAUAGAAUUUGAUAGGAAAGAAGAGGAAAAAGGAUGUUUCGGAUUGAAAUAACGGAAAAUUACGGUGAGGGAUGAAGAAAGAAAGGAGCGAUCGACGUUGAAAUGGGUCUUGUCGCUUGUUCGCUUUAUCCGUUGCAUUACUUCACUUUUGAUCAAUCAAGUAGGUUGGCCGCCGAAAUUGAGACUUCCAUUUUAGUUUUGCGCAGUAUUUCGAAUAUUGCGUGACGUUGAACGCGUGGACGUCCAUGUCGCAGAUAGCGGAACAAAUUCACGACGUAAAAGCGACGAUAAGAGUUAAAGUUCGAUAAACGAAAAUAAUGUGUAUUUUCAGGUAAGACAUGGUUCGUUCGGGAAAUGAAUGUUGCGGGCUGUCAAAUGCGGAACGGAAGGCUAAAUUAUCGUCGAAAUAUUUCUUGAAGGCAGCGAGGAAACUCGUUCUAACGUUUCUGUCUCCAAUAUCCGCGGAGGAGCGUGACAGCCACAUUUAAUAUGCAUUUCCAUCAUAAUCGCGCGUAUUGAAUUUACUUACUCAUGUUUUUACGAUACAGCCGGCGACUUGAGUGACGAAAACGCCGCUUCUAGAAAUAUUUCACGACGCGUAACAUCUCUCGCGUGAAGAAAAAAAAAAGAACAGGGCGUUGAAAUUCUACAAGAAAUUACUUACAUAAAUUAUGCGUAUUCCGUGUUUAUAUGCUAAGUUAUUCGCGCUCUCUGCGCGUGUUCGAAUGUUAAAGAAAUUAAAUAGCGCGAUGCAAAUUCGACGGAUAAAACAAGCCGAUUUCUGCUCACUUCCCGUUGUGCGAACGAGCUUAACUGUGUGCGAUAUCGUCGACCUUAAAUAAAUGUAGUAAAUGUACCUUAAUGUAACGUAACUCGAGAUAGUUGACAGUGUUUAACGUAAAAAUGACGGUCACUGGUUAUACAUCAUCGUGUUUCAUUUACAUAAUACGUAGAACACGCAGUUAUAAAUGCAAAUAUUAUUUAAAAAAGUUGCGUCUUCAGACGGAAUAUAUAAAGGAUAUCAGAUCUAUAAAUAUAUAUAUAUAUAUAUAAAGCAAUGUUAUUAUGUAAAAUAGUUACUGAUGAAAUCCGGCAAGCGUUAUUUUGAAACGCACGUUUAACGAACACCGAAAGUACAUAUCAGCCGGAGUUGAUUUAACUUCGCUUGCUCAUUAGCGAUUCGCAGUCUAAUCUGCAAUUUCAAUUAUCCCGCUCACAUUGUUUUUCUCAUUAACAGCUCGCUGACGGAACCUGAUGUUGAAUUUUCCGAAGGAUCUGCUCGACCCACGUAUUAAGUGCCCACACGUAGAAAAGGAGCGAGCGAAGCUGUCCGCGCGGACACCCGAAACCUCAGUCGACCGAAGUCGAGAAUUAUCGUCGGUCGUAAAUUUCCGAAGGAGUACAACCGCUUUCGAAUAUCCCCCGGCGAUUCGUCCAAUGAAGUAAUUUCUUUGGAGAGGACGAUUUGAAUUUUUCGUUGACAUUGAUAAGCGACGUUGUGCGCGUCGGGACGGCUCUAAAUAGAGGAAGCGCGCGUUCGAACGUGAAGUUGAAACGAUCGGACGCAAUCAACGCUCACGACCGAUAAGAAAAAAGAGAGACAAGAGUGGAAGAGAAGUUUCUCGAAGCCCAGCGUGCAUGUAAGGGUGUAGCGUCGGUGUUCUUGACGAGGAACCGUGGAGGGAGAAGGGAACCGGAGGUGGGAAUCGUCGGCGAAGGUGCGUCAUCUUUGGGAAAGGUAUAAUAUCCAGUACACCGUAGAUCGUGGAUUUAAAUGGUCAACUCGGGAUAUCGAGUUCGGCGGAAAACGCGAUCCUUGAGUGUCCCGUCCGAGACAGGAUUUUUCGAUUAAUACCGAUCCAGAGAACGUCGACGGAAGAUUCGUGCCGCGGUAACGGCAGAUUCGACAUAUACGCGCACUUACAGACAGAGCAUUAAUCCUUUGUUUACACGGAAGAAAGACCGUUGAACUUGAUGUUCAGUGUUGCAUGAACGACCCGCUAAUAGCGGGAGCGCCAGAGUGGAUCGGCUCUUCUUUUAUGCUUCUUCCUUCGCUCCUCUUCUAUCUCGAGGAAUAGAAGGCUGUGAAGAACUUCGUGUUCCAUUUUACACGAACGAUCCAUCCGCAGUUGUUACCGAAGAGCUCCAGUGAAGAAUUCUUUUAGGGUCACAGCAUAGAUUUAACAUUCCACAAAUAUGUAUUAUUAAUUGCAGCCGGGUAUUCUACUUUGCUAAGAAGGACUUGAUGCCCCGUUUAACUCAAUUCACCAGAGCCGAUCACUUUCUUCAACCGUCCAUUCGGAAACGGGAAUCGAACGACGUUACGCGUCAUCCUCGUGUGAUUGUUCCUCGGCUUCCAGUGGCAGAAGUCGGAGAAGUUCCUCGAAGCUCGUAUGAGCCAUUAAAUCCGCUCUAAAGGCGUAUCAAAAGGAGAAGCGAGAGGUCGGAGCCUGGGCGGUUCAACGACGAGCUGUAUUCGUGGCUGCGAGAGAGCUAGAAAAGCGAAGGAGGAAAAGGGAAGGUCUGAGAGAAAAAGAGACAGAUCGACAAAGGGGAGGAAAGAGGGAGAGAAGCGGACCUGCUGAGGUUCAACGUAAUACCGAUUUAGCUAGCGCGCACGUGCUCAGUUUAGGUCCCAGGGAGGAAUAAAGGGAGGACAUUUUGAGCAGCGAGGUGGGGAGGUCUGAGGAUAGACGAAGAAGGAAAGACGGGCAGACUGAGAGGAAAGAAAGGGAGAAAAAGGGGUAAGAGCGAGAGAAGAAGAAGGAGGAAGAAGGAGCAACAGAGAAGAGGCUUGCCGGGUGUAGGUCGAUAGAAGGGAAGGAGGGCGCCUUUCUGAAACUGGUCUUCAUGAUGGGCAAAAACAGUUUUAUUACGGACUCGCACGUGAACGACGUGUUCGACGAGGAGGCGGUCGUGAAGAAGGCACGAUGGAGAAAUCUCGUCGCUUUUUGGAUACUCGGCCUGUGCAACAAUUACGGCUACGUCGUGAUGCUGAGCGCGGCCCACGAUAUCCUCAAUACCAAGUUCGGCAAUCAGAAUUCCACCGCGAAAAAUGAAACGCACAUCCCGGGAGUCCGCACGUGCAACUCGGUCUCCACCGGUGCCAUACUUCUGGCGGACAUCCUACCGGCGUUAGCGAUCAAGGUUACCGCACCGUUCCUGCCCUUUCUAGUGCAUGCUCGACUGGCUACCUGUGUGUUAUUUUCCGCUGCAGGAUUUCUCCUGGUAUCGUUGAGCACGACUGAAUGGCUCGCCAUUCUGGGCGUCGUCAUAACAUCGCUCUCCUCCGGCUUGGGCGAAGUUACCCUCCUCAGUUAUAGUAACCAGUUCCCCAAAGAGGUGAUCUCGACAUGGUCAUCGGGCACAGGAGGCGCCGGGGUAAUCGGCGCCGCGUCUUACGCCGGGCUGACUAUGCUGCUGAACACCGAGAACACGUUGCUGCUAAUGCUGAUCGUGCCGGUGCUGCAAGCGAUCACGUUCUGGUUCAUCCUGCAACAUCCGAUGCACACCCGGAUCCCGAUCACGAAGAACGGCAUCGACAGCCAGGAGCAGAUCAUCAAGGUGCCGGAGAAGACCUUCAGGGACAAGCUCAAUCUGAUGCCCAGCGUUCUGAAGUACAUGAUACCGCUCGGGCUGGUUUACUUCUUCGAAUACUUCAUCAAUCAAGGCCUGUACGAGCUCAUCGAAUUCAACGACAUCUGGUUGACGCAUAAACAACAAUACAGAUGGCUCCAAGUGGAUUACCAGAUUGGCGUGUUCAUCUCGAGGUCGUCGGUGAACUUGAUCUCCCUCAACAAGAUUUGGAUCAUGUCCUUGUUGCAGUUCGUUAACGUCAUAAUCCUCCUGUUCGAGACCCUUUACUACUACAUACCGAAUAUAUGGAUCGUUUUUGCUAUUGUGCUGUGGGAAGGCCUGCUCGGCGGCGGAGCGUACGUCAACACCUUCUAUCGGAUGUCCACUGAGAUUCCGAAGGCGGAUCGCGAGGCUUCAAUGGGAAUCGCGACGAUGGCUGACUCGAUAGGCAUCACGUUAGCCGGAUGGCUGUCCAUGCCGGUACACAACGCUAUUUGCAGACUUCCGCAGCCAACGCGAUUAGGCAGCUAGAGAUAGCAAGGAGGAUCUCUAACUGUCGAGCGACAACAGAGUUUUCCGCGAGAGAGAGCGGAAACUUCCGGCUUCCGAAAGUUCCUCAACAACGUGACGAGGGAGCGUUCAAAGGCGGUGAUGAAGCGAAUCGUACCUCUUAAGCAUUUAGAGAUUAUAGUUUAGAUUAAAUAGUGAAUGCUUGAUCGCGCGAUCGAAGGCGAUCGGUGUACCAAGUAGUAUUCCGAGGUGAGAGCUGAAAAUCGGCGGAUGGAAAGAAUGUUCGACGUUCGAGGAAGAUAUACGGAAAGAAAGAAAGAAAGAGAGGAAUCUUGCGGAUUCAUUUAUCCGUCAUAUUUUCAUGCCUUUUGAUUAUAAACGUCCGAACUUUUUUGUUAUUUGGUAUACAAACGUUCAAAAAACUAGGAACGGAGCAUUUUUUGUAGUAUUUCGCAUGCUCAUUCACUGAUAAUAUAUUAUGUCACGCAAUAACGAAAUCCUCGCAGUGCGACGUAAAUAUCGCUAAUUACCCUAUAUAUCUUAUAUAGCAUGUAAUUUACUAAUCAAAAUAAGUGGUCGACCGUAUCGAAUACUUUAUUAAAAUCAGUAUAGACAGAA